GGACCGCGGGAACGCUGUCGUUCAGAUCCGUGCGAAUUGGCGUUGGGUGUGGACGCGAGUGGCAGAAGCAGGCGGCGUCUCCAGACACAAGCUCUUCCACCGCGAAUCUGGCAUUAGCGAGCCAGUUCAGAAUUCCCGCAAAAGUUCAAGUGACAAUUUUCAAACCCAAUAACAACUUUCCGACAAAGUCAACGCAAAUUGAAUACGAUUUGAUUGUCCCUCGAUCCUCAUCGAUUUACUAUAUUACGCACAGGAAAAGAAAGUCAACGAUAAAGUUUUAGUGAAAAAGUUUCCCUGGCUCCCUCGACGUGGCGAUGCAACCGAAGGGAAACCAAAAAUUUUGUAAAUGAGUUUUCCUAUCGCCGGGCUAAACCAAUUAACAGAAUUUAUUCUUGUGUAAUAAAUAAAUUGCCAACAAUUAUAUCUUGCAACUCCCUCAAGCAUAAUCAAAUGAAAUGUUCAACAAAAUGUUUACGGCAAUUGCAGCUCAAAGCGAGAGACCAUCGACGAGGUGCAAGCUGUGGUGGUAGUGGCAAGAAAGCUCAAAGAAAGCCGCAAGGCUGAACCAGAAAUUUAUAAUUGGUAAUAACAGAAAGAAGCCAAGGGACCUCGCUUACCGUCCGAAUCCACUCCUCUCCUCAACCGCGUCGCAUGUGAGCGCAAUCUCAGCCCAGCGGGAGAGACGGAGAGGCAGGCGAUGCCAAGAUGCCAUCGGCAGACCAGAUCCUGUUUGUAAAUGUCACCACAACGGUGGCGGCGGCGGCUCUAACCGCUGCGGCCGCCGUCAGCACCGCGCAGUCCGGGGGCGGCCAGGAUGCCGCUCGGCCGUACACGGACUCGGACGCGAAUAGGGGCGUGGCAGCGGAGGCGGCGGCGGCGGCGAUGGGCAACGUGUCCGGCUCGCUGCUGGAGGGCCUGACCACCGUGGCGGCGGCUUUGAGCACAGCUCCGGCGGAGGCGGACGCGGACGCGGCGGGGGAGUGCGGCGGAGGAGCCGUGGAGGAGCUGCACGCCAGCGUUUUGGGGCUCCAGCUGGCGGUGCCCGAGUGGGAGGCCCUGCUCACGGCCCUCGUGCUGUCGGUCAUCAUCGUGCUGACCAUCAUCGGGAACAUCCUGGUGAUCCUGAGUGUGUUCACCUACAAGCCACUGCGCAUCGUGCAGAACUUCUUCAUCGUGUCGCUGGCGGUGGCCGAUCUCACGGUGGCGCUCCUGGUGCUGCCCUUCAACGUGGCCUACUCGAUCCUGGGCCGCUGGGAGUUCGGCAUCCACCUGUGCAAGCUGUGGCUCACCUGCGACGUGCUGUGCUGCACCAGCUCGAUCCUGAACCUCUGCGCCAUCGCCCUGGACCGCUACUGGGCCAUCACGGACCCGAUCAACUACGCCCAGAAGCGGACCGUGGGCCGCGUCCUGCUGCUCAUCUCCGGGGUCUGGCUGCUCUCGCUGCUGAUCAGCAGUCCGCCGCUGAUCGGCUGGAACGACUGGCCGGACGAGUUCACCAGCGCCACGCCCUGCGAGCUGACCUCGCAGCGCGGCUACGUCAUCUACUCCUCGCUGGGCUCCUUCUUCAUCCCGCUGGCCAUCAUGACGAUCGUCUACAUCGAGAUCUUCGUGGCCACGCGGCGGCGCCUGCGCGAGCGGGCCAAGGCCAACAAGCUCAACACGAUCGCGCUCAAGUCCGCCGAGCUGGAGCCGAUGGCCAACUCCAGCUCGCCCGCCGGCGCCUCCACCUCCGGCUCCAAGUCGCGCCUGCUGGCCAGCUGGCUGUGCUGCGGGCGGGACCGCGCCCAGUUCGCCACGCCCAUGAUCCAGAAUGACCAGGAGAGCAUCAGCAGCGAGACCCACCAGGCGCAGGCGCAGCAGCAGCAGGAGGGCUCCAAGGCGGCCUCCCAGGGCCACAGCGAUCCGCAGCAGCAGCACGUGGUCGUGCUGCUCAAGAAGUCGCGUCGCGCCAAGAUCAAGGACUCGAUCAAGCACGGCAAGGCCCGCGGCGGCCGCAAGUCGCAGUCCUCGUCCACCUGCGAGCCGCACGGCGAACAGCAGCUCCUGCCCGCCGGCGGAGGAGGUGGUGCAUGCCACACUGCCGGCGGAGGACACUCCGGCGGCGGGAAGUCGGAUGCCGAGAUCAGCACGGAGAGCGGGAGCGACCCCAAGGGUUGCAUACAGGUCUGUGUGACCCAGGCGGACGAGCAGACGUCCCUCAAGCUGACCCCGCCGCAGUCCUCGACGGGCGCCGCCACCGUCUCCGCCACGCCGCUGCAGAAGAAGGCGAGUGGCGUGAACCAGUUCAUCGAGGAGAAGCAGAAGAUCUCGCUGUCCAAGGAGCGGCGGGCGGCCCGCACCCUGGGCAUCAUCAUGGGCGUGUUCGUCAUCUGCUGGCUGCCCUUCUUCCUCAUGUACGUCAUCCUGCCCUUCUGCCAGAGCUGCUGCCCGACGAACAAGUUCAAGAACUUCAUCACCUGGCUGGGAUACAUCAACUCCGGCCUGAACCCGGUCAUAUACACCAUUUUCAACCUGGACUACCGGCGGGCCUUCAAGCGGCUGCUCGGCCUCAACUGAGACCCGUUCGCCAGGUGGGGCGGACGGCCAGCGGUCCGCGGCAGCGGAAGGAUGUCGAUGGUCGAGCGGAGCAGCGUUACUCAGAGUUUGUGCCAAACGUAAAGAGUGGUUUAUCCGACCAGCAAAGAUCUCAUUUAUCAGUUGAGCCCCAACUUACCGAACUACUGAUGUUCAAGCAGAUUCGAACUUCUAUGGCCUCUAACUCUUUUAGCGGGCAAUCUGGAUUUUGAUUAAGAUGUUGUAAUACAGUUAAGUUUGUGCUAUUUUUAUAUAAUCAUUUUUUCUACAGCUUUGAACAAAUUGUUAUGUUUCACAAAACUGCACUUUGUUGCUAUGGUUUUUAGAAAAAAUAACAUUUUUAUGCUAUCUUACCAAUAGAAAAAAUUAAGUUAUAGAAGUUCGUCUGUUCGGUAAAACCGGGGCACACUUAAGAAAAUACGAAUUGUUCAAUACUCAUAUUAAAAUCGGUUAAGCUGAGAUAAAAUGAGGACAAAAGCCUCCAGCCACCUAUGCCUGCUAUGGAAAUCAUCAAGUAACAUUUUAAAAAUACAUAACCAUACACACAUUAUACGAGUAUAUACCAUAAACAAGCAAAUCGACAUCCCAAACGAGAAAAGCAUCAAAUUGAAUUUAAUACAAUUAAAUUAAAUGUUUAGGCACAAGAUUUGUGGCAACUUUCGUGUUUCACCCUACGCGUAUGGAAAAAAACAAAAAGGUGUUAGUAAAAUCAAAUCUGCGCUCAAAAUAUGUAUAACAAAGUAAGCAUAACUUCCAAAUAACAAAAUAUGAUUUCUAGGAUUUACUUUAACGAUUUGUAUUUAAUGUAAUUUAACUGUAGGUAACCGAUAAACUACUACACUUAAUGUAUAUUUUCAAAUACGCUUUACACUAUUUGUUAAAUAAUUUAAUGAAUAAUUGUUUUUAUGACAGCAACAAUUGUGUUGAGAGGGCAGCUGAAAGCUUGCGCAUCGAAACGUACUUAAGGUAGAUAAAUGUUUAAUUGCACUUUACGGAAUGCAAAAGAGUUAGCGAAAUGGAGUAUUAUAAAUCGAUGUAUAAACUCAAGUACAUGCUAUAUCGUAUAUAUCACAAUUUAUGUCUUUUAAUGACUAUGUACGAUAGUUUCACUAAUUAACUUGUUUAACGAGCAAAUGCAAGCUAAGCAUAAACGAAACAAACAAAAGACAGAUUCGAAUUAAAGUUAUGGAAAAAACUAAA